UGGCGACGGAAACACUGGGUAGUCAAGCUUCUGACCUGCAUGACCAUUGGGUUCCUGUUUCCGAUGCUGUCUAUAGCUUAUCUGAUCUCACCUAGGAGCAACCUUGGUCUAUUCAUCAAGAAACCUUUUAUCAAGUUUAUCUGUCAUACAGCAUCAUAUCUGACCUUCCUCUUCAUGCUUCUCCUGGCUUCUCAGCACAUCGUCAGGACAGACCUUCAUGUACAGGGGCCUCCUCCAACUGUCGUGGAAUGGAUGAUAUUACCUUGGGUUCUUGGUUUCAUUUGGGGGGAGAUUAAAGAAAUGUGGGUUGGUGGAUUUGCUGAAUACAUCCAUGACUGGUGGAACCUGAUGGAUUUUGCAAUGAAUUCACUCUACCUGGCAACUAUUUCCUUGAAGAUUGUGGCCUAUUUAAAGUAUAAUGGUUCUCGUCCAAGGGAAGAAUGGGAAAUGUGGCACCCAACUCUGAUUGCAGAAGCACUCUUUGCAAUAUCCAACAUUUUAAGUUCAUUGCGUCUCAUAUCCCUGUUCACAGCCAACUCCCAUUUAGGGCCUCUGCAGAUAUCUUUGGGGAGAAUGUUGCUUGAUAUCCUCAAAUUCCUCUUCAUCUACUGUCUGGUCCUUCUGGCUUUUGCCAAUGGAUUGAACCAGCUUUACUUUUAUUAUGAGACCAGAGCAAUCGAUGAGCCGAACAACUGCAACGGGAUCCGAUGUGAAAAACAGAACAAUGCUUUCUCCACGUAA